AUGAGGGAUGGAAAGGACAAGGUCAAACUCAGCCUGAAAGGCCUGAAAGCCCAGAAGAAGAAGAAGCCUCCACAUGCAUCAGACUCUGUAGAGGCCCUUCUUCUAGACCAGGUGGAGAAGCUCAACAGGCAGAAUGCUGAACUUUCCCAUGGUAACGGGGUGGUUCUGGACAUGCUCCGCGCCCCCGUCGUCCAACCAGAGGACCUGGAGGAUCUAGAGGGGGAGGAGGAGAAGAGGAGAACCCCUGAACGGGAGGAAGAGCAGAGGGCCAGGGAGGAAGAGGAGGUGGAUAUAUUUGGUGAAUCUGAGCCCGAGGAAGAGGAGGGGAGGGAGGAACAAGUUGGAGAGGAAGAGGUGGAGAAGAGAAGGGAAGGAGGGGAAGAAGAGUCAUCAUUGUCACUAGAACCUCUAGAAAGCUCUGAGGAGUUAGGUGAAGUGGCCGUCAGCAGUAAAAACUGUGUCACAGAGGAGGACCUACUGAAAGAUUACCUGAAAAAGAGCAGAGUGGAGGAGAUGAAAGAGGAGGAUGAAGAGGGAGGAGUACCUGAGGGGGUAGAGCCUCAGGCUGCCCAAUCAAAGGCAGAGAAGAUGAAGGAGGAAGAAGUGGUGGAUGAUGGACAGCCAGAAGAGUACAUCAUUGACUUUACCCCUCCGCCAGCAGCCCCCUUUGACCACCGCAUUGUGACUCCAAAACCUCACCAGAUUGCUACCUUCUACGCCAUUAACAGAGACGAAGUCCUAGGAGGGGGACGUUUUGGACAAGUCCACAAAUGUGUGGAGAAUUCUUCUGGACUGACUCUGGCUGCCAAGAUGGUCAAGGCCAGGAGCCAGAAAGAAAAGGAUGUGGUGAAGAAUGAGAUCCAGGUGAUGAACCAGCUGAACCACGCUAACCUUAUUCAGCUCUACGCCGCCUUCGAAUCACGCCACGACAUCAUCCUCGUCAUGGAAUAUGUGGAUGGCGGGGAGCUGUUCGACCGGAUCAUAGAUGAGAACUACAAGCUGACAGAGCUGGACACAGUGCUGUUUAUCAGACAAAUCUGUGAGGGACUACAGUACAUGCACAGGAUGUACAUCCUGCAUCUAGACCUCAAGCCCGAGAAUAUUCUGUGUGUGAGCAGAGCCACAAACAAGAUCAAAAUUAUUGACUUCGGGCUCGCCAGGAGGUAUAAGCCCAGGGAAAAGCUGAGGGUGAACUUCGGAACGCCUGAGUUCCUGGCUCCGGAAGUCAUCAACUAUGAGUUUGUCUCAUUCCAUACGGACAUGUGGAGUCUGGGGGUCAUCACUUACAUGCUGCUGACAGGUCUGUCUCCGUUCCUGGGGGACGAUGACAAUGAGACUCUGAACAAUAUCCUGGCCUGUCAGUGGAACUUUGAGGAGGAGGAGUUUACAGACAUCUCUGAGGAAGCCAAAGACUUCAUCACACUUCUGCUGGUCAAGAGCAAGAGUUGGAGGAUGAGUGCCUCACAGUCACUAAAACAUUCCUGGCUGUCGGAUCACAAUCUUCACUAUCGCCUGCAUCAGAAGAUCUAG